AUGAAUCCUUGCUCUAACCGAUUCAUUCUCUUUCAGUUCAUAACACAAGAUGUCAAAGACCAAAAUCGUGAAAGCCAAAGGCGUUCUAGAGCCCGUCGCACUGAAGUGAUGAAUGAUCUCAAGAAGCAGGUGGAAAGCUACCAGCAACAAGGCGCAGCGGCGUCUUUAGAGAUGCAAAAGGUUGCUCGAGCAGUCGCGCUUGAGAAUCGGCGCUUGAGAGACUUGCUUAAAAUACGUGGAGUAUCAGAAGACGAUAUUGCACGACACAUUGCAAUGCCGUCAGCGCCUGCGUCUUCUACACAGGCCAGUUCAUAUGAGCCGAGCUCCAUCAGAUGUAGAGCGUGUGGCAGCACAUCUAUCGUGGCAGAAAAGCUUCCACUUUCGGUCCCAGCAAACACAUCAUGUGCCAGCUCAGAUAUCUCACAACAAGAGUCUGUUCCUCUACAGCCUUCACCUUCCGUGCAAUCCAAGCCAAUUCAGACACCCAGGACGGAUAAGAAGAUCGCAAUAGAGGUUGACCCCAAAGCAGUCGCUUUACCGCCACGAUCCAUUACUUCUCACGAAUUUGGAGACAGGCGCCAUCAAAAAGAGCCAAAUGAUGGACACCAAUCUCCAUAUCGCACGUCUUGCACGGAAAAAUACAAAGAUAAAGUUUGCGAUGAAGAGAUAUCCUUGGGCUCCGAGGCUCCUCUCUCAACGCUACGCGAUCCGCAUGACGCAUCUAAGAAAGAGGUUCAUACUGACGCUAUGGAAACGUCUUGCGAUACUGCAGCGUCUAUCCUCGUGGAUCUUCACCAUCACGCAGAUACUGAACGUGCUCGUGCUGCUCUCGGCUGCAAGGGGCCAAGCAGCUGUACUGUCAACAACAUCAAAAUAUUUCAACUGCUGGAGAACUUUUCUUGA